GCUGAGCGGCGAGAGCGAGCGAGAGGGGGAGGGACGGGGUCACGAACUCUGACGCGCGUGAGGUAAAGAGAGCCGCGGCGGCGGCGGCGGGAGGCGCGAGGCCAACGGCUCGGCGUUCCAUUCGCGUUCAAAUCCUAACGGUCAGAAAGUUCUCAAGAAUAACCAGAAUGGCAAAGUACAUGGAAGAGGGGGCACAACAGAUUGCUGAGCGACAAAGGAAAGAGGGAUGCUGAAAAAACAGCAAACAAUCCUAUAUCAUCAGUAUCGCGUUUGAGUAAAUAGCAUUUGUACGUCAGUGAAAGCUGCUUGAGAGCAUUGUGAGGACAAGUAGAAGGUUCAUAUACAUCAGGUGUCUAUGGCUGGAAGUCCAACGCUGUCCUUGGCUGAACAAGCACAAGUAAAGCUGAUCACAGUUACCGAUGAUUUAGUGCAGCAGCUCGCUGAACAGCAGGCCUCCCAUUGUCACGGGACAUUAUCUACUGUAGCUCCAGGAACUGUGAUAGGAAGACCAAUGAUGACCAAUCCCCUACAGAGGAUUCAGAUUGUUCCUGCCGACUCUGGUGUCACUGAAGCACAGCGCAUUCAGAUUGUUACAGAUCAGCAAACUGGCCAGAAAAUUCAGAUAGUCACAUCGAUGGACCAGGGGGCGACCAAACAGUUUUUCAUAACGAAUUCUGACAGCUCCACAUCGAAUAAGGUGAUUCUAGCCAGACCCGAUUGUGGACAAGGGAAAGUCAUCCUAGCAGCACCUGAUUCAGCUGGGCUCAACCAGCUUAUUUUUACAUCUCCUGAUGGCUCUGCACAACAUAUACAGAUUGUAACAGAUGCUACUUCAGCAGAGCAAAGCCCAGUGAAACCAGCACUAGAGCUUUGUGUGGUGUGUGGGGACAGGGCUUCAGGACGUCACUAUGGGGCAGUGAGCUGUGAAGGUUGCAAAGGAUUCUUUAAAAGAAGUAUAAGGAAGAACUUGGUAUAUGUGUGCAGGGGAUCAAAGGAUUGCGUCAUUAACAAACACCACAGAAACCGCUGCCAGUACUGUCGACUUCAGAGGUGCUUGGUUUUGGGAAUGAAACAGGAUUCUGUUCAAUGUGAACGAAAGCCAGUAGAAGUUUCCCGGGAAAAAUCUGCAAACUGCGCGGCUUCAACUGAAAAGAUUUACAUCAGGAAGGACCUGCGAAGCCCUUUAGCAGCAACCCCCACCUUCGUAACAGACAAGGAAAGUGCAAGACCAGUGGGACUUUUGGAGUCAGGAAUGUUGGUGAAUAUACAGCAGCCACUAUUGGAGACCGAAAACACUAUGUUACUAUCGUCUGACAUCAAGCCCUAUUCGUUUCAGGUGGAAACGUGUCAAGGUGAUUUAAGUACGCUUGCAAAUGUGGUCACGUCACUAGCGACCCUGAGCAAAUCAAAGGACCUGUCCCAAAGCAGCGCCGAUCUAUCAGCUGUCGAGACCUUGAGUAAUGGAGACGCUUCUUUAUCAGAAAUGCAACAAGAUGAUCAGUCUGCGAGUGUCAUUACGAGAGCAUUUGAUACACUGGCCAAGGCACUAAAUCCAGUGGAUGGAUCAGCUGUUCAGAACUCUGCAGAUUGUAUGGAUACAUCAGGCACCAACAUACAGCUGAUUAGCGGGGAACCAGUCCUGCGUAUAGUAGAGAUUGAGGUGCCGAUCCUCAGUGAUGUGCAUGUUGCUUUCAAGCUAACCAUGCCAUCACCCAUGCCAGAAUACUUGAAUGUGCACUAUAUCUGUGAAUCGGCAAGCAGAUUAUUGUUUCUCUCUAUGCACUGGUCAAGGUCGAUUCCAGCCUUCCAGGCGCUCGGGUCAGAUAAUAACACAGCCUUGGUAAGAGCUUGUUGGAAUGAACUCUUCACACUCGGUCUGGCCCAGUGUUCCCAAGUGAUGAAUUUAUCCACCAUCCUCACAGCGAUUGUUAACCAUUUGCAAACAAGCCUUCAACAAGAUAAGUUGUCGGCGGACAGAGCGAAAAUAGUAAUGGAGCAUAUCUGGAAGCUGCAGGAGUUCUCCAACAGCAUGGCUAAGUUAUCUCUGGAUGGAUACGAAUAUGCAUACCUGAAGGCAAUCGUUCUGUUUAGCCCAGAUCACCCCGGACUAAUUAACGCUGCACAGAUUGAUAAAUUUCAAGAAAAGGCAUACAUGGAACUUCAGGAUUAUGAAGCGAAAUCAUAUCCAGAUGAUUCUUACAGGUUGUCUAGGCUCCUUCUCAGAUUGCCUGCUUUACGGCUUAUGAGUAGUGCCAUCACAGAAGAACUGUUCUUUGCAGGACUAAUAGGAAACGUUCAGAUCGACAGUAUAAUCCCCUAUAUAUUGCGAAUGGAAACAGCGGAAUACAACAGCCAGAUUACAGGCUCUGCAGUGUGAUCUCUCGCCUCAGCAAUAUCUCACGACCUGCGCAAAUCUUGUUCAUCGUGGCUUUGUGAGGGACGAGCAACAAGUUGUUAUCUGAACACAUCUACAAAAGAUAUGAUGAGGAAUAAUCCUUGCAAACGGAGAGGAGAAAACAAUUUGAGGAGAGAAGACUGAAUAUUUUUCAGUGACGAAUUGUGCUCAAGAACACUUUUGUAAUAAAAUAGUGACUAUGAAAGAACCUUUCCUUUUUCUAAUUGUUCUGUUAGGACUGCACACGUUUUUUUUGCAGAGCAGAUGUGUGUGAUUUGGUAUGGACAAAGCCUGUUCUCGGUUUGUGUAUACCUGAUAUUUUUUUAUUAAUCUGUAGCAGACUGUGUUGGAGUAAAAUAGUCUUGAAAAAAAUUGGGCUGGUUUAAAGAUACAACAGUUGACAUAUUGGUUAAAGCACUGAUUUGCAUGUCGGUGAGACUCUGUACACAGUAUAGCAUUUAGAUGUGGUUUUGCAUAUUAUUAUUUUGGGGCAAGUACUGGGCAUUGGUGUUCACUGACAAAUUACUUCAUAUUUGUUUAACAAACGCCUGCCGACUCAUUGCGUUUAGCAACUGAUUUAAUUUGACGGAAUUAUCUGACUGUCCAGUGUCAUGGGACGUCCUCCCGACGUGAAAGGUGCUGUAUAAAUGCUGUAUAUAUCAUUUGUUCUUAAGGCACGGUCUGUAUGUUCUGCUUUUACAAAGCACGAACAUAGGAAGAGCAGAUCGGGUGGCGAACCUUGUUUUAGUCGCUCCCACCCCAGAGUAUAAUAGUAAUAAUACCUGCAUUUGAUAUAGC